UUUUGGAAGCUUUUCGCGCGGGAACAGAAACAUUCAAACAUUUAAUUCGAAAUUCAAAUAUCGUGUAAUAUGGACUUUGUGCGUUUAAUUUAAAUAAAAAUUAAAAUGAAUAUGUCGCUGGGGAAACAACCUACGGACCAUAUUAAAAGGCCCAUGAACGCCUUCAUGGUCUGGUCCAGGGGUCAGAGGCGGAAAAUGGCACAAGAUAACCCGAAAAUGCAUAAUUCUGAAAUUUCUAAGCGGCUGGGUGCUGAGUGGAAGUUGCUUUCUGAAAUGGAAAAACGGCCUUUUAUCGACGAAGCGAAACGAUUGAGAGCCCUGCACAUGAAAGAACACCCAGAUUACAAAUACAGACCUCGCCGGAAACCAAAGGCUCUUGUGAAGAAAGAACCCAAAUUCGGUUUCAAUAUCUCCGGUCUAAUGGCACCAGUCCCUCGUCUGGUCACUCCGCUCCCACAGCCAGUGCCACAAUUGCCCGUUCCACAUCACUUUGACAAGCCGGACCUUGGAAGACUGUUCCCACCACUGCCUUAUCCGUUUUAUCCCUUUGCGAAGUUACCGGAUGACGGGAAAUUGGCUGCAGAACUCGCACACUUACAGUCCAAUUAUUUCCAGGCCCUUUACGGCGGUGCGUUAUACAGCAGUGCACUAUACAAUAGUGCAUUAUCGCCUUGCGGAUGUCCGCCACGAAGGACGCCGUCACCACCACCCGAUGUGAAGCGUCCGGUAGCUUACAUCCUCAUGAAGAGUGAUGAGGAACCUCCUCAGCAUGUUAUAUGAAGGCCGGUUGCCCUCCCAGCGCGACCUUACCAGCACUGGGAGAGGCCGUCCACUUCGACAGAGAGAGAUAGCAGCACUCCCGACAGUGUUUAAAGUGUCUCUUUCGCUCUUGAACAGUUUUCGUUUUAGUAACCUGCGUGGCCGGUGUAGUCGUUAAUAAAUUAAUGUAUAAAUAAAACUAGUCUCUAAGCUUUUAUCCUGUAUAAAAUCAUAUGUAAUAAGUUGGUCUUUUACACGCAAAAUUAUUGCUGUAGAUAGUUAUUUAGACGCUUUAUGAACUGAAGUAAGAAAAACAAGAAAAUUUAAAUAUUAGUAUUGAAAGCACUGGCAGACGAAUAAUAUGGCAUAUAAAUAUAUUAUAUAAUUAUUGUUAGUUACGCUAAAAUUAUCUUAAAGAAGCUCUCGAUUUAAGAAAGACUGAUAAAUUUAUUUUUACUGUAACGCGUUGCAAACAACCACUGUUGUGCAAAAUUUUAA